AUGUAUCAGCUAGCCAUCGGGUUUAGAGCGCAACGUCUUUUGCGUAUGAGUUACGCAGACGGCCAUAUCAAGGAAGCACUCCAAGAGGCGCUCUGGGCUGCACGCUCUAGCUCUGCUGCUGAUGCUACUGCUGCUGCUGCUGCUGCUGACGAGGGGGAUGAGUACUCCUUCAGGCCUCGGAUCUCCGCCGAGUCUCAAGUGCUGGCUGCUGCGGCUGCUGCCGCUGCUGCUGCAGCAAGGCCAGCAGCCGAAGCAGCGGCAGCAGGAAACUGCAGCAGUGUCCAUUUGCGGCUAUACUAUCAAGGUAUUGAGGCGAAAAGGAAGAAGCAGCAGCAAAAGUUGUUGUUGCUGCGCCAACAGCAGCAGCAACGAUCCCGCUGCAGUAGUAGUAGCAGCAGUAGCAGUAGCAGCAGCAGCAGCAGCUCCUGCGGCCUGCUUGUAUCCCAGCAACUCUAUGAAGAUGCGCUGACUCGGAGGCGGAAGCACCAGCAGCAGUUGCUGCUGCUGCAGCAGCAGCAACGGCACCUAAGCAGUACAUCCAAGCUGACGCCGGCUUCUCUCAGAGUCUUCAAGCAGCGGCUGUCUCGGGAGCUCAAGCAGGCCUACGCCAGCCUUCAGCAGCAAACAUCAGAAGCAGCUGCCCUCCCGGCCUCUUUGCUCCCUGACUGCUUGCAGCUGCUGGGAAUCCUUCAGCAUCAACAUCCGCAGCAGCAACAGCAGCAAGAGCAGCAGCAGCACCAGCAGCAGAAGAAGAACGAUCCACUUCUGAAGGCCAGAAAGCAGCUCAUCUCUCAAGAAGCGGCAAGCAAAGAGCUCCGCCUGGUUAAAAGGCUAUGUAGCCUGCUGGACCCCGAGGGUUUGGGGCUUAUAUACAGAGAAAGGCUCUUCCAGUUCCUUGCGGGUCUCAUAUCUGACUGCAGCAGCAACGCCGACAGCAGAAGAUGCAGCUGCUGCAGCAGCAACAGCUGCAUCUGCGGCUGCAGCCAAUGCAACAGCAGCAAUAUCAUUCGCAAGGACAUGCGCUGCAGCAGCAACAGCAGCAGCAGCAGCAGCUGGUGCCCACAGCUGGCUCAAGGAACGAAGAUGUUAGGAACUACGGGCCGUAGAGAAGCAGAAGGGGGAGGCAGCACCUCCGCAGCUGCAGACGCAGCAACACAGCUGCAGCAAGAGACGCGCCAAGUGUAUGCGGAGCUGCAGCGCUUAAGUAGGGACUUCUUGCCGCUGCUCUUGAACAGACAGAAGAGUUAUUUCUUCCAUCACAAACACCCGCGAAGGCAACGGGAGGAAAGAAAAGCGCUGCUGCAGCAGCAGCACCAGAUGAAGCAGCAGCAAGAACAGCAGCGACGACCCGGGAGCCGACGGCAAUACAAAACACUGGAAACAACGUCGACGACAAGCGGUGUGUCUAGACACGUGCAGCUGUUUGAGCUGGCACAUUACCAGAAAGAGCAACAGCAGCGGCAGCAGCAACUGCGGCAGCAGCAGCAGCAGCAGGAAGACCUGCGGGAAUGCACCUUUAGGCCCAAUUUAGAUCUGUCGCUCAAGUCAUCUCGUGCGCAUGCAUGCACGAGAGCACUUCUCAGCCUGAUGAAGGUUCAGUCUUUCUGUCGGUCCCAUGGCCUGCAUGCGGAGGAGCAGGAGUGGCUGAAUAGCAUCAUUUUAAAGGAGAUGGCGGCGCGCAACCUCUUUACUCUUGUAGACGGCGAGAGCCCAGGGGAGAGGCGACCACAGGCAGUUGAGACUCUUCACGGGUUUCCAGAGGCCCUGCAGCAGGAGGUAUGGCAUCGAGGGCCCCCUAAGGCCCGUAGAGAGCCUCGAACGGUCCCCACACCAGCAGCAUCUGCAACGGCGACCUGCGCAAAGCCACAGCGCAAGCUUUCUGAGAAAGAGGCACUGGACGCAGGGACCCCAGGAAGGCCGCUACAGCCUAGCUCGCCAGACACAAGAAUGAGGAAAGAAGAGGCCCUAGGUAGCCCGCCUUUGGUGCAGUCGGGGACCCAGCGAGACAAGCUGCUGCCAGCCACAGCAGAGGGCAGCUCACAGAAAAUACGCGAAUACGAACAGUUUGAACAGAAUGAUAUUUGGAAUGUCCCCGUGGCCCCCACUUCUAGCACACCGCCAGAGACCGAGAGAGACGCUUCCUUACCUACCUCCUUGGAGACGCCUUCAGGGCAGCAGCAUCAACAAGAAAAACUGCAAAGGGAAGAGAAACGCAACCAGAAACAGCAACUCCCGCAGCACCAGAGGCAGCGGCACCACAUAGAACAACACCAAAAACAACUGCCACAGCAGCUUCCCGGUGUGUCCGAGGCCCUUCCUGAGGCCAUUCCCCCCGCACCUAUUACUGCUGCUGCAGAGCAGAAAAUACAGCAGCUUCAACAGCUGCCUGAAAGGGAGAGAGACGAGGAGGGGGGAGAGGAGCAACAGCAGCAGCAAUCCCAGGACACACCUAGCAUCGCGGAAAGCGGCAGCCUCCGCUGUCUGUCAGUCUUCCCUCCUGAUACUGGGGGGGCCGUACCUGAUUGCCUUCACAACCGAACGAGCAGCAGCAGAAGCAGCAGCAGCAGGAGCAGCAUCAGCAGCAGAAGGGAGAUUGAGACCCCUUCUAGUGAGGGCUCAUGGGGCUGGCUCAGUCCCGUGGCGACAGAACGGAACCCUUGA